GAGACAUCAAGACAGAGGAAACGAGACGACAGAGAGAGGUGGGGAGACUGCUGAAGCAAAGCCAGAGAUGAGGAGGGAGAGAGAGGGAGCAGGAAUAAUGAAGACGUAGUUGCACCAUCUGCUGCCUGAGAGAAAGAGAGAGAGAAACAUGUUCACCAUUCAUCAGAAGGAAGCAGAGAGGCAGCCGCAGAUCUGCAGCAAGAUACACACAACCCCUCCUGAAUGUGCAACACACACCUCCUUCCAUACCUGUCUUCCUCUUUCAUUCAUUCUGACUGAGGAGUCGUCAGUGAGAAGGCAGGAGAGAGUCCAGGAGGAGAUACAGUGACAUCAUCAGUGACUGGUCGGAGUAGAUUUUUGAGAACCUUGACUGGACUUUUCUUCGAUGUGAGAGAGAAAACAAGAGAUUUGAUCCACUCAGUUCUGAUAGCCCCCAUGACACUGACAUGUGGUAAUAACGAGCAGCAUCUCCGUCUGCAGGAGGAGCAGCCACACUCGACUUUUUUACGAAAAUACUCACACUGGGAAGCACAUUGAACAGGUACUGUUUCGUUUUUGCAGAAAACUCGAGAGUUAUUCUUAACAUCAAUAAAUCAAUAAAAAGAAUUAGGGCUGUACCCUUAAUGAUGCAAACCCCAGCCUCCAUGGUGAUGGGGAUCGUAUUCUCCCCUCUGGGACUGGUCCUUGUCUUCACCGCUGCCAUCACCCCCCAGUGGAGAGAGGGACAGGCGCGUCUGGGAAUGACAGGGCCGGGGUCACUUCUUCGACCUGGCGUCAAAGGUCACGGGAUGGGGGUCAAGUCAGCGGAGUCUCUGCUCUUGCUGCGCUCUGAUGGAUUGUGGGAGAGCUGCUUGCAGGUGGAGCACUCUGAGCUGAAGCAGUGCUGGCCUGUGGCGGGUCCGUACCAGAGGGACCCCCGGGUUCGCCUGGCGCAAGGUCUGAUCCUGACCUCCUUGUUCCUCUGCGGCACUGGUAUUGUCCUGGCUUGCAUCGGGGUCCGGUGCUGGACAGAUCUGCCUCUGAGGGGCGUCGCAGCCACAGGGGGGCUCCUGGUGGUGAUGGCCGGCCUGCUGAGCCUGACUGCCCUGGGGGUGUACACACACAACCUUGGAAGGCUGGGGCUGGCGGCUCCGAGCCCAGGGCUCAAUCACCACAAGUCCCCCCACCUCAGCCUGCAUCCUGCUGGCUCGCUUUACUUUGGGUGGCUGGGGUCGUGUUUGCAGGUGCUGGGGGGUGGCGCUCUGCUGUUCAGCUUCAAACAACCAAGAUGUCUGCCCUGCCCAUCUUGCCCUGAGGUGCCCGUGUGCCCAGCGUGCCGCUCAUUUCCAGACAUCACCAACAAGGCAGACACAGAUGUAUACGAAGUCACCUGUUAGAGUGCCAGAUUUAAUGGUGCACAUAUAGUGACAUGUGGCCACUUUUUAAAGGCACUCCCAACCCAUUAGCUUUUUUCAUCUACCACCUAAUGGAAUGAGUCAGAUAAACUGUGAACCACAGAACAUUAUCACUUCCUGAUUACUGGACUCUUAACGUCAGGUAUGAACUUGUUGGAUGUAAUUACGUCUUGAAGUCGGCAGAGACUUUAAUUUGUGGGUGCAAACUCCAGAGAGAUGAAUCACGGAGCACAGAGAUUGUUACUGAUUCAUUAAGAACAUUGUGAGCUCAACUUCCUGCUGCCUUGAACUGCGACAUGUAGAGAAACACGAAUGACAUCAUCGCUGUGCUGCCUCUCACGUUGUAGCCAUGCCUUUGUACUGUUAGAGAGAAACAUGACCCCGUUUGUAUCUGAACUUAAUUGUGACAUGUGGAAAUGUAUACAUACAUUUCAUUUCAUUAGAUACAUGUGGCAUUAAUGAAACUGAAUUUCAUCUGUAAUUUGUCAUUUAAAGUUAUUUGUUCAUGGAAAUUUGUGAAAUCUGCUUUUUGAUGUUUUUUGAUUCAGUCACUGUACAUUCGAUGAAAAAGAAAACUGUUAAAUGCUCAUUUGUUUGCCGUCUGUCAGGGUAAAUCUUCGUAUGAUACCUUCACUGAGGAGCCUUCAUCGAACUGACAUUUCUAACUGGGAGAAAAGGGGUUGAAGUGGACA